UGUUUUGAUAAAAAAUAAUAACAAGAAGAACUCGGUAUAAAUACGACUCGGACCGAUAGCACCCACAUCAGUCGUACGCAAAUCAUUUGCUGCUUACAACUUCUCUCGAUUAAUAACAAACACCGCAUAGCAAUGGCAUCCAAAUUUGCAGUUUUAGCAUCUAUCUUGGCGGUAGCAUGUGGUGUGCCAAUAUACUCACCAGCUCCUUACGCUCCAACUCUAUACGCCCCAUCACCAGCCUAUGUAGCCCCAGUUAAAUACGACUUGGCUCCCAAAUCUUAUGAUUUCGACUACGAUCGAAAUCCAUCCUAUUCUUACGGUUACGAUGUUCACGAUCACUUGACAGGAGAUUCUAAGAGCCAACACGAGACCAGACAUGGAGACGUCGUUCACGGAUCUUACAGCUUAGUCGACCCAGAUGGUACCAAGAGAACAGUAGAUUACACAGCUGACCCACACAACGGUUUCAACGCAGUCGUCACUAAAGAACCAUUAGUCAAAGCAUACGCACCCGCACCAGUAUAUCCAGUUAAAGUCUACGCACCAGCUCCAUACUACCCAGCAGUCAAAGCAUAUGCUCCGGCCUACCAUUCACACCCAUUGUACCGCUAAGAUCUCAUACAACACACGCGCGUCUUUAUUUUCAGACCAGUCGACACUGGAACUGAUCAGUAUUAUAAUUCCUAUCAAAUAAAAUUACCACUUAAUAUAAUUUUGUAUAUUUCAUCUUAUGCAAAUGUUUUUAUAAUAAUAUAUAUUUUUUUAUAAUUAUGAA